UUUCCUUUAUCAUAUUCAAAUAUUUCCCCCACAACAUUCGCCUCUCUUUGUCUCUUAAUAACUUAUAUUCAAAUACUUCCCUCCAAACAUUUGCCAUUUCUUUAUCAACCCAUCUUCUCUUAAAACAUACUCAAUUCCCGCCCGUUUUUACCCCUAUGAAUAUCCACCUAUGUUUUGCUAUUUUCAUAUUAAAUUGAACUAAAACUUAAAAUUAAAUAAGUAUUAAAUUAAAUUAGAUUGAUUGAUUUCCUCAUUAAUUGAGAGUUAAAAAAUAAAUAAAGUUAUUUCCUCAAAUAAAUUUGAGAGUUAAUUAUUGUUAGUCUCGGACGCAACAGGCAUACUACUAGCCUCAACAUUUUUAUUACGUUUCUGUGUCUUUUCGAAAGCCCAUCCAUAUUUAUAAUUAAUUAAAAUGAUCACUGAAAUAUUCCAAUCUCCCAGGCAUAAUUAAUUUAAAAAAUCUUCAGGUUCAAAAACGGUGCAGAGUCAAUAUCUUAUUUUAAUGUUGAUCCAGCCUAUUUGAAACAUGAAUAUCAGGCAGUUGCCUCUGACUAUAGGCAUUUACAAAUUGCUCUGGGCCGGAGAUUUCCAAGUUGAAUUAGCUAAAUUGUUUGCAGAAUUACUUUUAAAUGAAACAAAUGGUUAUAUUUCUUCUUUUGAACUUUUUGUUCCUCCACAUUUGGGUUUGGGAAGCAAUGAGUUGAACGAAGCACUUUUGACAGCUCUAAAUACCGAUGGUCGUAUCCAUUUAGUUGCUUCAAAAACUCACGGUACAUAUUUUCUUCGUUUUGCAAUUUGCAGUUCAAAAACUACUGAAAAACAUGUACAUAAUGCUGUUGAGUUAAUUAAAGAAAUUGCAGAGAAAAUCUCAAUUUGUUAUUAA